AUGCUCCACCGUUCGUCCUGGCAGGGGAGGCUGCAUGCGGGAAGCGCGGCGAGUGAGGAACGCGGCGCCUCGGAGGAGCGGGAGCGCGCCUUGCAACGGCUCCCUGCCUCUGUUCAGGCGAUGCUGCUGCGGGCCAACCUCAAGCUAACCGAGAGAGAGAUGCAGAGUAUUUCUUGCGCGACGGCGGAUCAGCGUUGUGAGGCGCUUCGCAUGAUCUUCGAGGGUCAGUCCGCGCAGGAUGCGGUGUUUUUUCUGCUUAACCUGAGCUGCCGCAGCACAUCCUCAGCGACGGCGAAGGCGGUUGCGAAUCCCGCUGCAAGAGCAGCCAUAAUGGGGGUGACGGGCGCUUCUCAGGCAGUCGCGCCCCUUCCCAGCCACUCCGCCUUGGAAACUCCACCCUCACCAGAUCCCGAGCCCUUCCCGCGUGAAAGGCUGCCGACAGCGCAAGCCCUUCCUCCGCCGUCGCUGCGUUCUACGGUCAUGAACUACGGCUGCAGCACUGAGGAUGAAGAGGAUAGGCGCAGCUCGUCAUCCUCGAGCGUGCCUUCACCGCACCCGCGGCCCCAGAAGGCGCCCUCACGAGCGCUGAGUGAAAUUAGAGUUAACACCGCCGCUCUUCCAGCAGCAAUGAAUGUGGCGAAAGUGGUUUCAAAUCAGUCGCAAGUAACAGUUACGAAGGGCCCGGAUCCUUGCGUGGUAGGGUGCCCUCAGCGAGUUCUCAAGGGAACUCCAGCGGGAAACGCUAACAAGGCGGCAGAGGAGAGUAGCAGGCCAGCUUUCCUACCAGUGUCCACAUGUUUAACUUCAACGGCUUGUUCGGCAUGGAAUGAGCGCUACCAGACAUUCAUUGUGCAUCCCAAUCAGUUGAAGCGACUUGAGGAGUUGAAGAAGCAUAUGACGCCCCCGACAGUUAUACAUCCUCGCAAUGGCGGAGCCUUUCACCGCUUAAAGACAGAUAUGUGUCGUCCAUUCGCACUUCCAUGCACCACCUUGACGACGGCACCGCCCGCCCCUCUAUGGGUAUUCCAUCAGAAGCGCGCUGCUGAUCCAGGAAGAGGCGCUGCACCUAUUACGCCGCGAACGCGCAGCGCAUAUCACCACACAGUCGAUGAGGAAGAUUUCUCUUCGGCCCCAUGUGUACCGCCACUGACGAAUCUGAAGAGCAUAACGAGGAAAGAAGGGGUCUUCGUUCGUUUGUACACCAAUUCCUCCGUGCGAGGAACUCCCAGAGCAGCCACGGCACGUGGGGGAACGUCUACGGCGUUUGCAAAUGAGCGAACUAGAACGCCGCGUAGUGCCACAGCUCGGCGCAGUUCGUCUAGCUACAGGUGGCGGGCCGCGGUACAAGACGGAGAUGGUAUGGGCACGCGUCCGACGUGGUGGCCACCAGGCCGGUCUACAACGCCUCAUGCCUACUGCCGCCACACAACACCCGUAGGGGUGAUUUCCGCACGAGGCCACGGUGGCGGACUCACGAGUGCGGCUGCCUCGUGGAAAAAACCACCGAAGACGACUGCUUCGUCUCGUGAAGGUGCUGUACAGCCGCUACGGCGAAAUGCCACUGCAAUGGACACUCAGCCUAGAUUUGUUCGAACCUCAACAUGGAGUAGCCGCCGCGACCCGCACGGCGUGUAUCAUUGA